AUGUACAUACGAGGAAUUGAUGAGCCUCUCAUAUCCCGGAUAUUUUCCAUAACACUGACUGGAGCAGCGCAGGCAUGGUUUUCAACCCUUCCUGCUAACUCCAUCGGGUCAUUUGAAGAAUUCGGACAGAAGUUCCUUUUGAACUUUGCAACUAGCAAAAAGCAUCCAAAGUCUGAGUUCGCUCUCGGAAAGAUACGACAACAACUAGGAGAAACCCUCCAGAAAUAUCUUAAUCGGUUCAAGGAUGCUGCAUUGCAGGUCCCAGGGCUGCAAGAGAAUGUCCAUGUUCACCUCAUUGUGGCGGGUUUGGAUGGUGCAUCUAGACUAGCCAAGUCGGUCUAUAAAGACCCAGUAAGGACGUUGGAGGAAUUCAGAACUCGUUCGAAAAAAUAUCUCGAACUAGAGCAAAUGGAGAUUGCAAAUGCGCAGUUUGAUGAGGGCAAAAGGGGUAGCCCGAGAAGGAGGAGCCCGGCCCUAAAGGGAAAGGAACGAAUCGACAAUAAGAAGAAAGAUCAAUGCCCACGAAUCCCGGACAUGAGGGAUCACGUUAGGAGAUAUGACAAGUAUACACCUUUGAAUACGUCGCGCUCGCAAAUCUGGAGGGAAGUGGCACUCACAGAGAUGAAGAAGGUGGAGAGACCCCGGCCUAUAUUCGACAUAGGGAGUUUGGACAAGUCCAAAUAUUGUGCUUUCCAUGACGGACCGGGGCACACUACGGAUCAAUGCUGGGAUCUCCGAGAUGCGGUGGAGAAGUUUGUUCGAGAUGGAAGGCUACGUCAAUACGUGAUAAAAACCCAAGGUUCCAGAAAUAACAAAAGGAAGUUGGGAAAUAGGAAUUGGAGCAAAAGUCUCGUUCCUGAAAAGAAGAACAAACAGGAUAGGAAUCAGAAAAAUGAUCUCAACUAUGACGAAUUCCCAGAAGUGGAGUUUGAUUGUAAUGUAGUUAGUGGAGCCUUGGGGGGAGGAGGAGAUACUAUAAGUGCUAGAAGAAAAUACCUGAAAGAGGUACUCUCUAUUCGAGAUCGUCCCAAGUUCAAAGAAGACCUAACCAAGCCAGACCCUCCUCUUUUAUACUUUACCAAAGAGGACAUGCGCGGCGUGUUGCCGGGUCAUGUUGACGGACUGGUCAUUUGUGAGACCCUAGUGAAUUGCCGGGUUCGGAAGAUUUUCGUGGAUGCAGGGAGUUGUGCCGAUAUCAUACUCUGGGAUGCUUUUAAAAAGAUGAACUGGAUGAAGAGGACCUCAAACCUUGCAAAACGACGCUGGUAG